AUGUCAUCAGCACAAGACCAGUACUACUACGUUAUCCCCAACGUGAACAGCAUGGACCCCAACGCUAGAGAAGUCGACCUUGCGUCGCAAGGCUGGAUUCAAGCCACCAUCAUCGAGGAUGAUGACCUCAUGUUCGGCGGCAAAUCUUUGAGCACCUGGUACGAGGAGGAGAGGAGACGUCUCAGCAACGGCUCUUCGGAUGAGGAGGAGCAUCGCGGUCGCCAGAGGGUCCGUAAGCAUCACUCCUCCCACAAGCACCAUCACCACCACCAGUCAGCGCAACACGCAACUGGCUCCGACAAGAAGCACUGA